GCAACAAGUGGUGCGUCUGGCAAAUAGUAACCCAUUGUUACAAACUUACAAUGAAGCAUUCUAACCUACCCUAUUCAUCGACUCUUACUUGUGCAUUCUCCAUUCGCAUUCGCCCUCAAUUAAUCGUAGUGCCCUCGUUGGUCUGAUAUCACCAGGUCCAGCAUAAGUUCAGUUGAGUAGAAGCACUUUCGCCACCGUCAUAGAUGCUGCAUAUAUCAUGGUGAGGAGGAGGGAUAGACUCCGUGAACUUCCGGCCAAUUUACUUGACAAGAUUUUGGGAUGCAUGCCCAUUUCGGAUGCUGCUAGAUUGGCCGUUUUGUCUUCUUUCUGGAGAGAUGCGUGGUUCAGUCUUACAACUCUCGAUUUUGAUGAUAACUUCUUUUGUCACAUAAGAGACAAGUAUGAUUGGUUCUAUGCUUGUAGUGAUGAAAGGACCCAUAAACUAAUAUAUGACAAUGAUAAAAUUGAUAUCUCGGUCUCUAUGAGUUUGAAUGUAAUCAACAAAGUUCUAAUUCAGCACAAUGGACCUAUUCACAAAUUUUGCUUUGCAUUUGGGGAUGACGGGAUAGGAUCACUUAAGUCACGAGUACUAGAUAUUUAUCAAUGGCUCACUUUUGUCACACAAAAAGGUGUUGAAGAAAUUCACCUUAGGUUUGAGAGACAAGAUGGAUUCUUACUGCCAAACUGCAUCUUUUCCUGCCCAACACUCAGGAGUUUGCGUCUCUGUGGGUCGACUUAUGACACAGUAGAUGCACCUCGAAACUUACCAAAUUUCACUUCACUUUAUUUUGAAUAUGUUAGCUUUGAGCCUAGUGGUCAUGCAAUUAAUGCUCCUAUGCUUGAGAAUCUCACAUUUUUUGCAUGUGAUGAAUCCAUGUUCCAUUUUAAUAUUACUGCCCCAAAACUUGGUAUGUUAACAAUUCAAGCUUGUUCUUAUCGCCAACGUAAUGGUUAUCUUCCAAUUAACUACGCAAGUUGGGAAGCUGUUUGUACUCUUGUUCUAGAUGGAUACUCGAUCAAGAAUUUUUUUGAGCCUUUUACUACAAGGGGACUGCCACUGCAACCACCCCUACGACUAAAUGUGGAAUACUUGUUGUUGCGUGAUGACCCACUAGAGUGUGACCUUUAUGGGAAUUACAAAGUACAGGGUGAUAUUUCUCGUACAUUCAUUCAUUUGCUGCGUUUAUGCCCAAAUUUGCGCAAACUUCAUAUGGAUGUAUCGAUUAUUGAAAUGUUAGGGGAUUGUUUAGGGAAAAACUCAAAACUUUCAGAGUAUUUAUGCAGUGUGGCUGUAAGACUUUACUUUCUUGAUGCUAUGAUCUUGGGUGACGUCUCAUACACAAGCUGUAGUGAGACUUGGCUGUCUGGGAUCAAGGUGUUUCUUGCAUGCUUCCCACGACUUCAGAAGUUUGUCAUUGGAAAACACUUCAAUCUCCAAACUACUAAGAAAAUUUUGCUUUUUCCUCGUGCCUCCGCAAAAGUCAAAAUAGUUUUCAUUUAAGAACUGUAUUGUAUUCGAAUGAAUUGAAUGUAUGUAUUGAUAUUUGUACUUCAUGGGUUCAAGAAUGUACAUUUGUGUUGUUUGAGAACUCUUCUUGCCAGAGAUUUGAGACAUACUUAGCCAAGUUCAUUCAUUCUUUGGAAUUUGGGGUUAUGCCUAACCUUCUUUUUCUUGUUA